UGUAUGAACCAAUGUGCCAAAAGGGAGGGUGGACUUUGGGCACCUGCCGCUGCCCGUUCUGGCCCACCUGCGCACCUUCUUCGAGCUGUGGGACUCCUUCGUGCUCCAGGCUGUGCAGACGGGGCAGCCCUACAUCUCGGACCACCUGAUGUUCGAGGUGCUGCAGCUCCUGCGAUGGCGGGACCGCUUCUGGGACGUGAGCGGCUCCCUGACCGCCGACCCGAAGGCGAUAUCCAUCCUGUCCCUGCACUGGCACUGGGUGCAGAAACACCUCCUGUCCAGGCUGCCCCAGCUGCUGCUGGGGGAUCCCGGCUGUCAGCCAGAACUGCAGGCGGUAUCCACGGCGAUCCAGAACUGCUUAUCCAGCCCGGGUCUGGUGGCCCCCGCUCUGAAGAGCAUCCAGAAGGCACUGGGAAAGCUGUUACCUUAUAAGCUGCAGUCUGUCGCCGAAUGCGCCGCCCAGCUGGGGGGGCUCUGCAAGGCCCUGGACCUGAGCGACCUUCGGCUAGAUGGCAGCCGGCCAAUCGGGGCACAGGAGCUGGCCCGCCUUCGCAGUGCCGCGCUGGGGGCGGACGCCCGGGGGGGCCUGGUGCAGGCCUGGGGCCUGAUCUUUCAGGCCAAUCACCAGCUGCAGCCACAGCAUUCUG